AUGUAUGGCCGUAAUAUACGUACCCGAUUGGAUAUUAUGAAACCGGAUUUAACCAGUACAGUACUGCAAAAACAAUAUGGCUCAAAGGCAAAACACUGUGGAAACGUGAUUCGAGAAUUUGCUGAUGGGGACUCAGUAAACACGCGUGAUUAUCGCACUAACUCGGACAAAUGGGCAAAUGGACGAAUCCAUUCACGCACUGGACCUUUAUCUUACAAGGUCGAUGUAAAUGGAUCUCUUUGGAGGAGGCAUAUUGACCAAAUAGUUCAUACAUCCAAAAAUCAAGCCACAUAUCCAACUCCAGUGGAUAUUCCGUUUGUGCCAUCAGCGAAGGUUCCAUGUCCUACCGACAAAACUCAGGAAUGCGCGAAGGACGUAGAGACCAGUACACCAGUAACAGUGCCACGUCGAAAUCCGCCAAGAACUCGUAAUAAGCCGGACAGACUGAAUUUGUGA